AUGGGUGACAUUCCUCAAAGUCCAUCGAGCUUCAGAAGUGCUCUUAGUUUCUUCAACAGCUUGGAUAGGCCCAAAGAUAGACCUCUAAUUCCCAAAAAAACUUUUGAGGUCAAGUUAGUUAUUGACGGUAUCCCAAAACAAUUAAUACCUAGAGCAAGAUUGAUCGGUAAACAAGAUGAUACUAACAAAACCAUCAUCAGAAAUAUUCCUGCUCAAGAUUAUCAAAAGCCACAAAUACCUCCAUCGAAUCAAGGCCCACUCACACCUGAUAUGGAAGCGAAACAAAUUCUAGAAGCUUUCAACAAGGAAAUUAAUUCGUUUAAUUUUUUCGAAAUUCCUCUAGACGCACUAGAAAGUGAUUUUUUAAAACAAACAUUAUCGUUGGCCAAUUCGGAUUUAAGUGAAAAAGUGUCUCCUAGAAAUUCGUAUGGAAUACCUGACAGAAUUAUUGAAAGAAAACAAGUGAGAAGCAGGACCAGGCAUCAUACUGAUGGUAAUGCCAGAAUAGAGGGUCAACAGCACUCUUUGAGAUACUUACCACCUAAAAAUGCUGAAGACAAGCCCCUUUGCUUCAAAUGCGAGAAAUAUGGAUACAUCUCGAAAUAUUGCUCCCAGAAUCAACCCUCAACUUCCUCUGAAGCACCUCAGACGAACCACAGCAAUAGCGGUUUUGGCGAAGGAAAAAUCAAGCCUUUGGGCAUAGCUAGAAAUGUUGAUAUAGGUUUAGACCAGGCGCAUGCUAGAACUGACAUUUAUGUAGUAUCAGAUAAUGUUUUAGAUAAUAUGCCAUUUUCGAUUGGACAACAACAAGAACAUAUUGUGAUAAUAUGA